CUCGGCGCCGGGCAGCCCGGCAGUGUGGCGAGGCGGGCGGGCAGGCACCGCCGCUCCGCUCCGCUUCGCUCGGCUCGGUUCGGCCCCCGGCCCCGCCGCCAUGCCGCCGCCCGGCCCGCGCCGCCCCGCCGCGCUUCUCAUUCUGCUGCUGCUGCUCCGCCGGGCGCUGGCCGCCGCAGGGCUGGAGUACAGCGAUGUGCUGCCCGACUCCUUCCCCUCGCCCCCAGCAGAGACCCUGCCUUACUUUCUGCUGGAGCCGCAGGAUGCCUACAUCGUGAAGAACAAGCCGGUGGAGCUUGUCUGCCGAGCCAACCCUGCCACCCAGAUCUACUUCAAGUGCAAUGGAGAGUGGGUCAACCAGAACGACCACGUCACCAAGGAGAGCCUGGACGAAGCCACUGGGAUGCUGGUGCGGGAGGUACAGAUCGAGGUCUCCCGGCAGCAGGUAGAGGAGCUCUUCGGCUUAGAAGAUUACUGGUGCCAGUGUGUGGCCUGGAGCUCUGCAGGCACGACAAAGAGCCGCAGGGCAUACGUCCGCAUAGCAUACCUACGGAAGAACUUUGACCAGGAGCCACUGGGCAAGGAGGUCCCGCUGGAGCACGAGGUCCUGCUGCAGUGCCGCCCGCCUGAGGGGGUGCCGCAGGCAGAGGUGGAGUGGCUGAGGAAUGAAGAUGUCAUCGAUCCCACCCAGGACACCAACUUCCUGAUCACUAUUGAUCACAACCUCAUCAUCAAACAGGCUCGGCUCUUGGACACUGCUAAUUACACCUGCAUGGCCAAGAAUAUUGUAGCCAAACGCCGUAGCACCACAGCUGCCGUCAUCGUCUACGUGAAUGGUGGCUGGUCCACCUGGUCCGAGUGGUCUCCUUGCAACAACCGCUGUGGCCGGGGCUGGCAGAAGCGCACCCGGACGUGCACCAACCCCGCGCCGCUGAACGGCGGCUCCUUCUGUGAUGGGCAGCCUUUCCAGAAAAUCACCUGCACCACCCUCUGCCCAGUGGAUGGUGCAUGGACGGAGUGGAGCAAGUGGUCAGCGUGCAGCACCGAAUGCACCCACUGGCGCAGCCGCGAGUGUGCCGCCCCGGCUCCCCGCAACGGUGGCAAGGACUGCAGCGGAGUGCUGCUUGACUCCAAAAACUGCACCGAUGGGCUCUGCCUACAGAAUAAGAGAGUUCUAAGCGAACCCAAAAGCCACCUGCUGGAGGCCACAGGCGAUGUGGCCCUGUAUGCCGGGCUGGUGGUGGCCAUUUUUGUCUUCAUCGUGAUCCUCAUGGCUGUGGGGGUGGUGGUGUACCGAAGGAGAUGCCGGGAUUUUGACACAGACAUCACAGACUCAUCAGCUGCUCUGACCGGCGGCUUCCACCCUGUCAACUUCAAGACCUCCCGGCAUGACAACCCUCAGCUGCUGCACCCCUCAAUGCAGCCAGACCUGACGGCCAGCGCCGGGGUGUACCGCGGCCCCAUGUACGCCCUGCAGGACUCCUCAGACAAGAUCCCCAUGACCAACUCCCCCCUGCUUGACCCCCUCCCCAACCUUAAGAUCAAGGUGUACAACUCCUCCACCACCGCCUCCUCGCCAGGGCUCCAUGACGGAACAGACCUGCUCGGAGGGCUGCCCACCACAGGCACCUACCCAGGGGACAGCAUCAGGGACAGCCACUUUGCGAACAUGCGGAGCAAAGCCCUGGGCUCCCAGCAUCUCCUCAGCUUGCCUCGGGAGCAUGGCAACAGCACCAGUGGCACAUUUGGCUACUUGGGGGGAAGGCUCACCAUUCCGGGCACUGGGGUGAGCCUGCUGGUGCCCCAUGGUGCCAUCCCCCAGGGGAAGUUCUACGAGAUGUACCUGGUCCUCAACAAGGCAGAGAGUGCCCUCCUGCCCUCCGAAGGCACUCAGACAGUACUGAGCCCAGCAGUGACCUGCGGACCUACUGGCUUGCUCCUGUGUCACCCUGUUGUCCUCACCAUUCCCCACUGUGCCGAUGUUGGCUCCUCAGAUUGGAUUUACCAGCUGAAAACGCAGUCCAACCAGGGAAACUGGGAGGAAGUUGUGACCUUGGAUGAAGAGACCCUCAAUACUCCCUGCUACUGCCAGCUGGAAGCCAAGUCUUGCCACAUUUUGCUAGACCAGCUCGGCACCUAUGUCUUCGUUGGAGAGUCCUACUCCAGGUCAGCCAUCAAGAGGCUCCAGCUGGCGAUCUUUGCCCCCACUGUUUGCACCUCCCUGGAGUACAGCCUCAAGGUCUACUGCUUAGAGGACACGCCAGAUGCUCUGAAGGAGGUGCUGGAGCUGGAGCGCACACUGGGUGGGUACCUGCUGGAGGAGCCCAAGCCCCUGCCCUUCAAGGACAGCUACCACAACUUGCGUCUCUCCAUCCAUGACAUCCCCCAUGCACUAUGGAGGAGCAAGCUGCUGGCCAAGUACCAGGAAAUCCCUUUCUAUCACAUCUGGAGUGGCAGCCAGCGAGCCCUGCAUUGCACCUUCACCCUGGAGAGGUACAGCCAGGCCUCCACUGAGCUCACCUGCAAGAUCUGCGUCCGGCAGGUGGAAGGGGAAGGGCAGAUCUUCCAGCUCCACAUCAUGCUGGGAGAGCAUGCCAGCUCCUUCGACACUCUCCGUUCCCACCACAGUGGUACCAACACCACCACCACCCAGCUGGGACCCUAUGCUUUCAAGAUCCCCCUCUCCAUCCGGCAGAAGAUCUGCAACAGCCUGGAUGCUCCCAACUCCAGAGGAAAUGACUGGAGACUUCUCGCCCAGAAGCUCUCCAUGGGCAGGUAUCUGAACUACUUUGCCACCAAAGCCAGCCCCACCGGGGUGCUCCUGGACUUAUGGGAAGCCAAGCACCAAGAUGAUGGUGAUCUCAACACCCUGGCCAGUGCCUUAGAAGAGAUGGGCAAGAGUGAGAUGCUGGUGGUCAUGGCCACAGAGGGAGACUGCUGAUGAUGCUCCCCAUGGCUGGCGGGCCAGAAGGAUGAAACAGGGGGUGAGGGGGGGACCCUUCCCUGACAGCGGGGGGAGGCACAUCCAUCCCCAGGCAGCAGCUGAGUGAGGAAGGGCCGAGGCCGUCGCUUCUCCCUCCCUCCCCGCAUCACUGUCAGCCUUAGAGACCCAUCCUCAGCGAAGGAAUUCAAGUAUUACGCAGCAUUCCUCUUCCUCCUCUUCCUCCUUCUCCUCAUGGCAUGGGGAGGAAUUAGGGCUUCUCGAGUUGGGAUGGGGGCUUUCCUUCUCCUUCUUUGUUUGGGUUACCCUACUCCUCCUUUAAUAGCAUUUCUGCAUUGAAGGGAUGAGUACAAUCUAGUCUAAUGGCUUGCUUCUGGCAAAAGCUUCAGACAGCUUAACAGGCAAACAAGAAAGAAAAAAAGGAAAAAAAAAGUUUCUUAGGAAACGCAAAUAAUUUAUUAUCCAGAUCUUUGGAUGAGUCCUUUUUAAAAAAAAAAGAAAAAAUUUAAAAAAAAAAAGACAGAUUUAUAAAUCUUUUUUUGUGUGUGUGUGAGAGCAAGAGCGUUGCCAUGGUUGGGGUGGCAAAGAGAUUUAAAUGAACACACUUUUCUAGGGAAAAUCAUGGAGCAACACAUGUUUACAUGUCCUGGGACCCCUGGGGAGUCCGUAGGGUAAAGUGCCUCUACGCCCCUCUGGUUCAGGGCCAGCUGAGACCCUCCCCAAGACUUUUUCCUUGCAAACUCCCCUUUCCCCAGCAGCAGUGCCUGGAGCAAGGGGUCGUCUCUGCCUGCAAGGAUGAGUGAGGGGUUCUGCCCUGCAUUUAGGGUUCAGGGGGAAAGUGCAUCUGGAUAUGGGUGUUUUUAAUGAAUUCUUCUCUGGCAUCGUUUGGGGGAGCUUUUUAGGAUGACUACACCUUCAUUUACAUAACUUCAGUACAAACCAAAGAUUUCAGUCCUGCACCAACCCACAGGCCAAAGGCCAAAUGUUUUAAACCCACCAGGGUUUUUGUAGUGAGAACCCCGAAUCUGGGCUUGGUGGUCAGAAGGAGGUGAUGAGCAGGUUGUGCCAGGGGUCCAGGGAGAGCAGAGGGUUGGCAGGCCAGGAUGCAGCCCCAUGCAAACUGUGUCGGUUUUGGGUCCAUGUGCUCACGCCUGUUUUUUGAUGCAGUAUUUCAGCAGGGAUUCAGGGAGGGAGACCUUGGCAUCUCCAAGUUGCAAGCCAGGCUGAGCAUUUUCAUGCGAGGGACAGCAUCAUAAGCAGUGAUAGGGUUUCCAUCCUUCAUUGCAGCUCCUUUUUCCCUUGUAAUAGACCUUUUAUAAUGAUGGAGAAGUUGUGGGAUGAAUAGAAAGUCAUCAAGGGGUAGGCAGGAACAAGGUGUCUUGCAAAGAUAUGGUGUUUCAAUGAAGGUAAAAAUUUAGAUUGCUUGCAGAUAGAAAUAGUUACUCAGCGAGUGCUAUAUCUUAGAAAUGUCCAUUUAAAAAUAAAUAAAUGAAUAAAAGGAUUAGACUAGAUCACA